UAAGCAUUAGGCGAAUAACAUUCGUUCUGGUUGAUCAUUGUUUAUUGGGAAUAUUUAAUUAAUUAUCUUAAUGUUUCAGGUCUGACAACACAGCUGACUCUGUAGUGUGAUAUAACUUGAACGCGUGUACGUUGAACAGCUCAGAGUGUAAUGAACAGCCAAUCGAGGCGUGUGAGUGAUAUAUGAUACAGCAAACAAUUUCUAGAAAGAAAUGGGUACCAGAGCAUCGACUGCGAACCAUACAAAGCAAUCAAAUCAAAAAUCUAAGAAUCCAAAGAAGCAAUUCAAAGACGCUGGGAAACACGAUGAAGAAGGAACCAGUCAGGUUAAGGAACCGUCUGAUGAACGAAGUAAUCCAAACGUAUCCGCCAGCGGAGCUCAUCAAGAACUCCGUGGAAAGAUUAAAACAAUGGAAAAGGAUUUGGAUGAAAUGAGUCAAGAAUUAGUUAAAGUAAGUAAAGGUUAUAAAGAAAGCAAACACUCGGAUGAUACAGACAAUAUGGACGGAAUGGCCAAGAUACCAUAUAUUGAUCAUGAUACCGAAGAAAGCGAAGGCUCUAUAACGAAGGAAACUAUGCCAAAUGACAAUGAUGAAGUCGAUAUUCAAAUCGCUAACGAAACAUGCUCUUCCCCGAAAAAAGGCCAUGUCAUAAGUAGCGUGGAUAUAAAUGAUCCAUUGAGCUCAAAAAUGGCCAAAACAAAUAACAAUGAGGUUGAGAUGGUUCACCAAGGCACAAGUAACGAAGAAUCAUCAGACAGCCCGAAAUCGAAUGAGUCUAAAGCAAAGGGAUCGAGAUCAAAGGAACGUAGAAAAAACAAACAUUACUCAACCAUUGGAAAUGACGCAGGGAGUGUUUCAGGGAAACGUAGCAGGGGAGUGUUCAAGGGAAACGUAGCAGGGGAAGUGUACCAGGCAAACGUAGCAGGGGAAGUGUUCCAGGGAAACGUAGCAGGGGGAGUGUGCCAGGAAAACGUAGGAAUGGGAGUGUUCCAGGGAAACGACAAAGGCGAGUGUUCCAGGGAAACGACAAAGCGGGAGUUUCUAUGGAAACGUAGCAGGGGAAGUGUUCCUGGGAAAAGUAGCAUGGGAAGUUUACCAUGA